AGCUCAUUUAAUAUACAGUAUAUAUUCAACAAAAUUAUAUCAGUUAUUUAGUGUAAUAAACACAAUAGUGUCUAUAUUAGAAAGGAAAGUAAUAUUUUCCUCGAACAAUAGAACUGUUAUGUUAAUUGCAAAAUACGGCAAAUAAUAAAUUUUCGCUUUGUAUUGUAGCUUAACCUAAAAUUAAAUCAAAUCUCAACCAAUUAUGUGCUAGUGUAUGUUUAAAGGGCAAAUAAAAAAAUAGAAAUAGGACGUAAACACGUCAGUCCCCUUUCCGGUGUCGUGCGGUUACUGCGGCGGAUGUUGAUGUUUUGUUCGCUGGCAGCUGAACCAUAGCUGAACGAUGUGAAGUAAAUUGUCUUCGGGGCGGAUAGAUUGUUUUAUUCCGAUUUUCUUUCGGUUCCCUCUGGACUCUUUUGCCCGGUAAAUCUCGCCAUCGUUCGGCGACGUGUCUCUCCAGCGCGACACCGAGCCGUGCGAUGAUGGAGGACUUUGAUGAGAUCUACGAGGAAGAGGAGGAAGAGGAGGACGAGGACAGGGCCGCAGAGGAGCAGCUCCUCAAGUACGCUCCGGACCCGGUGGUUGUGCGAGGGUCCGGUCACGUCACUGUGUUUGGGCUAAGUAACAAAUUUGAGUCAGAAUUUCCUUCAGCACUUACAGGGAAGGUUGCACCAGAGGAAUUUAAAGCCAGUAUCAAUCGUGUAAACAGCUGCCUGAGAAAGACGCUACCAGUGAAUGUGCGGUGGCUGCUGUGUGGCUGCCUCUGUUGCUGUUGCACUCUGGGCUUCAGUUUGUGGCCUGUUGUUUGUCUCAGCAAAAGGACGAGAAGGUCAAUAGAAAAACUCCUGGAUUGGGAAAACAGCAGACUUUAUCACAAGUUGUGUUUGCAUUGGAGACUAAGCAAGAGGAAGUGUGAAUCCAACAACAUGAUGGAAUAUGUGAUCCUAAUAGAGUUCCUACCUAAGGUUCCUAUCUUCAGACCGGAUUAAUCCGACUACAGCUGAUGUUGAAACCACCACUGUUGCCCAGCUCUGUCACCGAAGCACAAUGGCUGUGAAAACUAUCCGCUAAAAUAUUACAAUAUUUUUGUUUACAGAGUAGCAUCAAACAUUUUGUGUUGGUCUUUUUUUUUUUUUACUUUCACUUCCUCACGUACUUUAUUCACACCCUCGUUUACAAGUUCAGCAUCUUGUUUUCAGCAGUGGCGUUGCCGUGACCUUGUGGAGAGACUUUGAAGCCAUGCACCCCAGUAGCAGCCUGCUGAAUGUGGGACGAGACCCAGACAUGGGCAGUGGCGUUAGAGUUGGAGACUCUUAGAGUAAAGGUCUUUCAGCAACAACUGGAAUUUUGUCUCUGAGCACAUGGCACUGUCAGACCAUGAAGAAAUGAGUACAUUGAUAUAUUGCCUUCUGUCGCAGCGCCAACUCAUCUGCAAAAAAAACAAAAAAAAACACCCCAGUGCUUUUGUAACAGCUGGUCUGGUCUAAUCCCUGACUAGAGGCUGUGGAGGCAACAUGAAGUCUGAAAGAGUCUUCAUCUGAACAAUCUCUGUGGUGGACUGACUGUAGUCAGAGAGACACGUUGGGCCAGUGGCCAAAACAGCAAAGAGUCAUCAUCAUCACCAUCAUCUUCAUCAUCAUCCUCUCACCUCCUGCAUAUCCCUGCACAUGUCCUGUGCAUCACCCAGUUCCCCAGUGACAAUCACUCACUUGUACUUGGACUGUACUCACCUACGGUAUUAAUAGGUCUUUAUGUGACACUGUUUACCUGCAACACUUUGUUUUUCCUCGUUUUGUGUGGAUUGAGGUGAUGACCAAGAUGUCAGAGUUUCGGAGUCGCAGGGGAACAAAUGAGCCUGGAGUCAGGCCCCCUGUUGGCAGUAAGAGGAUCAUGUGGUUUCUUAAUAUUUUUAUAUUAGCUCGAGCUCUUGUUUACUGUUUUGUUUAUUUUUUGUUUUUUUAAAAGAGGGCAGUUCGCGCUUAUCAGGUUUUAUGAUAGUCUUUCUUCUUGAGACUUUGAAACAUAAGCAAAAAAGACAAAUCAGAUGACAAAGAGAUACACUUACUGUGUAAAGCAGGGUUUCUUUUUCAAAGUAUUUCUUUGCUAUAAUUGACCUUUGUUACCCUCAUAGUAAUUUGAAAAGUGUGUGUGAAUGUGAAAAAGGCCUCUUUUUUUCCCCUGGAUUUUUUACAAAUGUACACUGUUUUUUUUCUGUGGUCAUGUGUCAAUACUAAAGCACAAAAUCACUUUGUCCUUAACGCACCCACAUGACCUUGUUUAACUGCUUUCAUUGGUUUUAUUUACAGGAUACCUGAUGUUUUUUUCUAAGUAUUUGGUGGCAAUGUCCCUCCAUGUUAAAAUAUAACCCAAUCAAUUACCUCUAGAGGUCAAAGGUAGCAUUGAGUGUCUGACCCUUUCUUAUUUUACAGUCCAUUACAGAGCUGCAUCACUCAGGAGUGUUGUCUGUAACAAAGAUUUGAUGUAAAAUUAACUGGAUUUAGAGAAUAAUGAAGACAGUUUUCAACACAAGGUUAUCAUUCAAGGUCACCCGGCACAGUCAGUAGGAAAAAGGAAGUGAACAUAGACGAGUUGGCUGAGCUCAGCUUCUACAGUGCUAAACUAAAAAAAGGCAAACCUUAACUCUGCAUCAAGGUUGUGUUUCAUUUGUUGUUAAUAUUUUAACAUGCUCAAAAUACUGUUCCAGAUUCAAUGCAACAUCAGCCACUUCAUUGUCAGACACCACUCUGUUUGUGUCUAAUGCAUAUGGGGCAGAAAUGUACUGUAUAAAGCCAGUGUUUGUACUGGUGACCACAUACCUCUGCUUUCUUCAGUCUGUUCUGUCUGUGGUUCUGACCUGUACCACUGCAGUCCACUAAUAUUCUGGUAAAGACGUGUGGCUCUGCUUUAACAGCUCUAAUAUUCACCUGCAGCAGCAUUUUUUCCCAAAUCUGUGGAAGAAUCAAGGCAUUCGGAUUCAUUCUCUGGUGAUGCUGGUUCAUAGCUGCACCUGGUAGGCGCCCAUUAUUGCUUUGUAGCUAAAGUUUAGCAACAUAGGCCGUGGGGACUGGUCGGUUACAAAGCUGUGUAACUUCCUGGACUGACUCCAGUUUGUUGUAUUAAAUGAUGUUAAGUUAAACACAUGUAAGAGCCCAGUUUCAUGUUGCACCAUACUUACGAAGGUAUUUUAAGCUUCUUGAGUCUUUGUUUUUGUUUGUUUUAUUAACAGGACGGCUGUUUUUCGAACAAUAAGAGAAAGUAGGUCAGUUCAGUCUCUGUCUGAGCAAAAACUCCCCCAGGUUUUCCGACAGUACAUUUACUUUGAAUAAAAGUCUAUCAUAUGGCUGCAUUAAUGCAAUAAUGCUCACAGCUGAGUAAUUACUCAUCAUUUGCUCAGUGAUCGAUUUAGUGCUGCUGUUCUCUUUGUUGUCUUCAGCAGUUUGUCUUCGCAGCAGCUGCUGCCACAGUUAGCUAAUGACAGACAAAGCUUAUCAGACAAAUACUUCUCCAGAAUUGAUUUAGAUCUAAUAACAAACAGGUGUAAAUGGUGUAAUAUUGCAAAUGAGGUGGAGCUUUGAGAAUAUUAUUCUUGAAUGUUACAGUCACCGGUUUACAGAUCACAUAUCAGAAAGCACAUUUUGGAUUAAAUUAUUAUUAAAACUAUGAAAGCAAGAUCAAAGUAAGAAUUUUUAGGUUCCUAAACAGAUUGAAGUGAGGUUGUGUACAUUUAGGGGUUUUUUUCAGCAGACUUUUUUUAGUAUGUUAAGCAAAUGAAGAGCGAUGGGCUAAUACUUAACAGUUGCAAAAUGCAGAAGGCACAGUUGAUUUUUUUUGUUUGUUUGUUUGUUUCUGAAUAUUAAAAAAUACAAUGGCUGCAAAAGAAGCUUGGAGAAACUGGAGGAAGAGAACUGUUGGCUGAUGCUCCUGAUUGCCUCAUAUCUUAAAGGAAAACAAAGAUACUGACUGAUACUGAUAUGUUGUGUCGAUUGUAUGGGUCCCACUCUAUGUAACAUUAGAAACAUUUUGAAAAUUGUCUAAUCUUGUUUUUUUUUUUGUUUGUUUGUUUGUUUCUUUUACAUGGAACAUGCCUUAACACAGGUCAAAGUAAGCACUUGUGUUAGCCAGUUAAAAAUUUUGGACGUAUAAAUUACCGAGGGGAGCUACAUUUUUGCUCAUUAACUGCUUUGUUUUUAAUGAGGUCUCACAUGUGAGUUAAAGCAGGGCCAUAUGCAAGUAUCUGCUCUGUUAGUGUGUGUGUGUGUGUGUGUGUGUGUGUAUUUAAAAUCAAGUGUUCUUUCUUUGUCGGACUGUGAUUGAACCCUGCACAGAUGAUGACGUCUCUUGCGUGUUUUGUGUGUUUGCCUCUGUGUGUGUGUGUGCGCAAGUGAGAGAAAGUCAAGUGUGUACAUAUGACUCUAUGAUGAUACUAAGAAAGUGUGUGUACAGUAAUAAACUACCAGUGAUGAUGAUCAUGA